GAGGGAGUUAGAGCGUUUAACUGGCAUAAAUGCGCGGGCGUUCAUCGAUUUCCAUCCAGGUACAAGAUAUGCCCGAGAGAAACUCCGAUGGGCGCCAAACUGUGACACCCGAGGGAGGAAGACAUCGCCUACUCUUUGUUCGGCAUUUUUGAUGUCAACCUUCCUGUCAUCUAUGGAGAGAGAAGACAAAAGGCGCUCGGGCGACUAUUACAGGAAAUCAAUUAAUCAUAGCCCAUUCGGGUGACAUCACGGCCCUGGACUAGGUGGGACAAUCGUCCCAGUUCAACAGUUGUCUCCCAGCCAAGAUUUCCUCAUACAAAGCUCUAUCAUGUACCCUGCCAUCCCUAUCCGAAGACGAGAUGCGGAAUUUGAUCUUCAAGUUACGAAACAAUAGUAUGACUGUGCAGUCGGCUCCGAAGCUGUAUGCCACUCUUCAGGAGCUCAGCGUUCCUCGUUUCGCAAACGCCAGACUGCAAUUGCCUUGUAUCGCAUUUCCUCUCACAGAAGUCAGGCGGAGGCCUGGUCAAGACGGGGAUACAUGUUUCACUUAUGACAUCAAGGCAGACGGGCUACAAGACCUGCUGGUCACAACGGAAGAUAGGCUAGUUGAAUUCUGGCCUGCAAGGCGUACUCAGCAGACGUUCCUGCUCGUCCGUCCGUGGAAUCGUCAUGAUCUCGGGCUGAUUAACUCUGCAGACGAGACGCAUAGCACAGAAGAUUGGCCCGAGCCUGGGUCUCCCGGAUACAACGAGCAAACUACGCGAGAAUUGAGGCUGAUCGUUCGCCUCGGACAGCCUUUUGGGGGACUUUUGCUAGCGCAACAGUGGGGUGGGGUGUAUAAGAGAAUUGCUUCGGAUAACAAUAUCAUCGCGCAAGUUAAGGACAUGGCAUCUGUUGUUGACAUGAUGGACGUCAGGAUGCUGGAGAUAUUGUAACUGCGAUGAACCAGACGUUUCCAUUCUAUACCUCGACAACCCCUCUACAUACAUCCCUUAGAAUUUUGCAUCGUAUCGAUAUCGUGUCGUGUAUUGUUCCAUAUACAGACCAGACUGUCAAUCCCCAAAUUAGAUGUCCUUAUAGGUGACGGUCCCACAUAGGGAAGAG